CGAUCCUCUACCUCGACCCAGUCUUUGAUCUCGUCCACGACCACCGCAACGAUAGAGCACCACACCACAUCACCCCCCUUUUCCUACCUAUACGACCCUUGUCCUCAGAAGAAGCUUUAGAAAAAUGUCUGCCGGACCGAUCAACCCGAAACCGUUCUUACAAGACCUUACCGGAAAACAAGUCUGGGCGAAAUUGAAGUGGGGGCUGGAGUAUAAGGGGUAUUUGGUCAGCACGGAUGGGUAUAUGAAUUUACAGCUGGCCAACGCGGAAGAAUGGCAGGAUGGCAAGAACAACGGGGCGUUGGGAGAGGUGUUCAUCAGGUGUAACAACGUUCUCUACGUCCGAGGUGCCAAUGAUGAGGAGAGGGCCGGUGCGGGUGCGACGAUGGAUACGGAUUAGAGUGGGAAGAGGGGAUGGAGGGUCACAAGGGGCGGAAAGGGGGGAUGAAGAGGUCUCUUGAUAUCCCGGCGGUGAAACGUAUUACCAGAUAAAAAGUGUUUGUCCUUUCGCUCCACGGGGGUUACUUGGUUCUUUAUGUUAUGAUGAAUGAUUUUCGUGUUU